GAUUCGAGAAGCCGAAAUGCGUGCAGCCUCCCAUGCCCAGAACAUGAUGAACAACAACCUGGGAGGCAGAAGAAGCAAAUCCAAGAGCACCGAAGACAUGAACCGCGGAGAGAACGGCAUGAGCUUGGAUAGCAACACUUUGAAGAGAAUGUUGAAGCCGAUGCCUAGCGCAGAGUCACCAGUGACUUCGCCAGAGAUGGGUAGGAGGAGAUACAACUAUUACAACACGCAUUAUCAUCAAAGGCAUGGUGGAAAUAAUAAUGGAAGACAUUCGGAACCGGAGUCUGGGCAUCCACAUCCUAGAUCGGCCAUGGCGCAGAAUUCAAGGUUUUCUGGAUCCAGUUCUUCGCACGAGAUUGGAAGAGGCUACCCUGUUGGUAGGAACCUGUAUCUCGAGCUUGAAAGAGAAGGUAGAGGCGAUUUCUCACCACCUUCAGACAAUGUCAUAUUCGAUAACCAAUGUUACGCGACCACGCCUAGUUCUAGCAAUGGAAACUCGGAAACAGAACAGUCUUCGUAUCACCAUGGAAGACAUAGGCAUUUACAUCAUCAGAAUUCAAAUGCCACCCCUACUCCUGGAUCUCCAACCAGUAGGCUUUUACUAGAAUAUGAAAUGCAUUUACGUAAUACCUUAGCUAAAGGAAUGGACGCUGAAAGUUAUAGUUUACAUACCUUCGAGGCGUUGCUUACACAGAGUAUGGAAAAUUUAGAAUUUGCCGAAAGUUUACCUGGAUCCACGCAAAGAAGUCCUUACCCUUCCAGAAAACGACCCUCAUCAAGUGCUUCCAUGAACAAGUCCUCCACAUUACCAUUUUCACAUCGACUGACUUCCGUGCCCAGAGAUAGAGUAGAUAGAGAUAGAGACGGCUACUAUAGUGACAGAAAUGAAAUGUUGAGAGAACGAGAGAAAGAAAGGGAACGAGAAAGAGGAUAUCUGAGCGACCACAAUUCAAGUUUCAGCUCAACGAGAUGCGCUUCUUGCAUCGGAGACUCCGCCAGAAGCCACUGGUAUCGCCAUUCAGACGGCUGGAGGGCGUCUGGGGGCCGAGACAUAAGAGAGGGGCCCCAAGGGGGCGGUGAAAGAGGAGGCGGAAGCAAGAGACCGCCCUGGGAGUCACUGCCUUCGCUUAGACAGGACAGCAGUAUGAAUGAUAGCGGGUACAAGAGCGGGAGAGGGGAUAGCUUCGAACAGAGGAAUCUUUGAUCGCCAAGACAGCUUGAGGUCAGACUACAUGAGUGAUAGAGAAUCAACAAGAUAUGGGAUCGUUCAACAGGCAUCCAUCGAAAGUGCGGACUCCAGGUUGUGCUACUUGACAUCCUCAGAGGU